UCCAUUUUAGUUAUGUCAGAAAAUCAGGAUUUUUUGUUUUUUCGGUAACAAAAGUUUCAGGUUAUAUUAGCUGUCAUUGGUUGUGAAUUUGGAAAUGUCUAAUACCCAAAAAAAGAUAAAUGAUUUGUUAGAUCGCCUAAAUCAAGAAAGGAGCCCCCAAAACCAACCAAUGAGUGGCUCAAGCAAUGGAGGGUUACCUCCUAGCCGCCCAAGUUUGUUGGGCCCAAUAAAAAGCAAUAGUCCUGUAAUGUCUCGACCCAAAGUGUUACAAUUCACACCUAGACCAAAUGAUAAUCUAGAAACUGAAAGAAGGUUAAAGGAAAUAAUGAAGAUCAGUGGUGAUUUAAAAAUAGAUGGAGUCCUCUAUAAAACUAAUAUAAAAGAUAUGGAAGAUUUAGAGGAGUUAGGAAAUGGCACCUGCGGUCAUGUAGUUAAAAUGAGACAUAGGCCUAGUGGAAAUAUUAUAGCAGUUAAGCAAAUGCGACGUUCAGGAAAUCCUGACGAAAAUAAAAGAAUCAUAAUGGACAUUGAGGUAGUACUCAAAUCACACGACUGUAAAUACAUAGUUCAAUGCUUAGGCUGUUUCAUAACAGAAUCUGAAGUGUGGAUCUGUAUGGAACUCAUGGACACUUGUUUCGAUAAAUUACUAAAGAGAUUUAAGCAGCCCCUCCCCGAAGAAGUUUUGGGAAAGGUCACAGUUGCGACUGUUGAGGCUUUAUCCUACCUGAAAGACAAACACGGAGUCAUACACAGGGACGUAAAGCCUUCGAAUAUUCUCCUCGAUACUAAAGGUAACGUGAAGCUUUGUGAUUUCGGGAUCAGCGGCAGACUCGUCGAUUCCAUGGCUAAGAGUAGGAGUGCGGGGUGUGCCGCUUAUAUGGCGCCCGAGCGAAUAGAACCGGACCCCCAGAACCCGGACUACGAUGUCCGGGCCGACGUGUGGUCCCUCGGUAUAACCUUAGUGGAAUUGGCGACUGGAAUAUUCCCAUACUCAGAUUGCAAGACUGAUUUUGAAGUGCUCACCAAAGUGAUAGCACAGGAUCCGCCGUCUUUACCUCAGGACAAAGAUUUUAGCCCUGUAUUUAGAGACUUUGUAUCUUGUUGUUUAACUAAAGAUAAGAAACAGAGGCCUAAGUACACGAAACUGAAGAACCACACCUUCAUAAAGAAGUACGAGACUGUGAAUAACGUGAACGUAGGAGAGUGGUAUGUAGCACUUACUCAACGAGCCGAAGACGUGGCAAGUAAGGCGCCGUCCAGACACGCCAUGGCGACGAACCCCAUCCGCCAAUUCUUCACCUCCCACCAGUGGCAACCGCAGGCGUCCCAGAGCCUCACAAACGGGAACUCCCGCCCCACAUCACAAAAACAACAACCCAGCCAACACCCGAUACCGAACCCCCAGCCGGAGGGCCGGACGCCCCACGCGUCCCGCCUCUCCUCGUUCCAGUCCAGUCACCAAAGAGAAAGUCACCAGCCAGCCGCACACCAAAGGACAGACCCACUUCUUCACCAAAGCACCAGCCCAAAUACUAGGAGUUACUCGCCCUUCCAAGCAUAUCAGAACCACGUGGCCUUGCUGAAAGAGCAGAGCUUGAUGGAGCACAAGCCCAUCCCCCUCCCGGGUGAGCGCCAGCAGAGCAACCCGUGCUGUUCGCCCCUGUCGCCUAGGAGGUUGACGGAGAGUCCGGCGAACGCCCCCUACCAGCACAGGAGGGUAGUGAGCGAGAGCAGGUGGAGGUCACCCAAUGCUUCGCCUCUUCCCCUUAGGAGCCAGUUCCAGACGGAAGAGCAGCAGUACAACUGCGGAAAUACCAGCCCCAUCAUAUUGCAGAGGUUCUAUCACCAGCAGAAGCAGCAGCAGAUGGUGAAGGAGGCCGAAGAAUCAGGUAAAAAGCGAUUUGCUUCCUACAUCAAGCUGCAGCUGAGCGGUGACAGAAGCGGGAGGUCGUCAAGGCACCAAAGCCCCGAGCCUCCACCUCGUCUAAACAGACGUUCCAGCAGUGAAAAUCAAAGCCCGCUAGCCUUACGUAGAAAUUUCUUAGAGGCGCAUACCGCCAACUCACCCAGUUUAUCACGAAGGUACGUUUCUCCGACACCGCCGGUGCCACCCCCCAGGAGGUUAUCGGAGAGCACAUCGGUUCCCGGGUCGCCGCAACACCUGCGGUCCAGGUUCCACUACACCCCCGAGCCGCAAAGGAGAUUAUUUCACGACAACGAUAUAUCAUAACACUGGUAUUUAUAGCCUAGUUUGUACUUAGUCAAAGUAAUAUUUUUCGGUUUGUCAGAAAUGUUUGUGUAAGAGAACCCUCAUUCGGUUUGGAAAAUUAUCGUCGGAACUCAGCGGGGUUUCGCGCAGUAAGUUUUAUGAAUGUGCUUUGGUGCUUUUCAUAUAAAAAAAAAAUCUCAGAAAUUUGUCAAAGAUGUCGCAGCAAACGGGCGUGUUUGUCGCUGGAAAAAAUUGCUGUUGAUUUUCUCUAAUCAUAAGGCUGACAUUUUUAACAAGAAAUAAUUGAAUUAUUUUAGAUGUGUACUGCUGAUGCUAUUCUUAAAUUUGUGGUAAGUACGGCAAUUCCAUCUGCGAGCAUCCUUUAUUUCUCCUCAAAAUUAUAAUUUUCCGUGUAAAGAUCCCAAAAGGUUACUUUCACCCUUAAAUAUAGGCCUAUGCAUCCAGAAAUAAGGGGUACCAUAUAGAGUAAUUUUGAAGAACUAUAUUUGUGCAUAUUUUUACAACUUAUACGUAAGACAAAACCAAAAAAAAAAUAAAAUAAAAUAAAAAUCGAAAAAAGUUCUUCGAAACGCCUCACAAGUUUUCAGUUGUUUCUCACUGCCAGAAAAUGCAUAUUCGAAAUCAUGUUGGCAGACUGUUAUUUUUGUUGUUUUUUGUGUUCUUCUUUACGAAGGAAAUAGUCAUCGUACAUUGCUAGUCUUUAAUCCGUCAGGAUAAAUGGUUGCUGGUCGUGUAUUAUUUUAUUUUAAGUGACGAUAUAGCGUGUGACACACGAGGAUUUUAAAAUAUAUCCUUAGUUAAUUCAAACAAACAAAAAAUGCUCAAAAUAUAAAAAAAUACAAGAAAAAAAAAUAUUUCAAACAUAAUAAUUUAUCUUAAUUCAUAUUUAUCUAUCCCACAAGCUUUUAGGGAAAAAUAUUCUAGACUUUUAGAUUUUUGUCCAUAUAUUUUUUUAUUUUUCUGUAAAAAUGUGAGAUAAUGUAUAUAAAUAAUCAUUUUAACUGGAAUUUUAUAUAAAGUUUGUCAGGCGCUAUAUCACAAGACUAUUUUAAUGUGUAGUUUUAGUUUUCAAAGAAAUGUUUGUUAUUGGACUGAUAUUUAUUGUAAGAAAAAAUAACUCGUUUUUUUGGUUCCUCUACCGUCACAUAAUCUCUUUAAAUAUACCUUUUAGGCGCUUCUCUCACUUUUAAUUCACGUUAGAAACCUGAGAGGAAGCCGGACGAAUCGAGGUGUUAUUUUUUCUGCUAUGUUAAUAUUAGUUGAAUUGAUCAUUCUUAACAUUAGUUUUGAGAAAAUAAAAUUAUAGAGAAACGCUAUUUACUAAUUUAUUAUCGAUUGAAGGCUGUUGAUACUUUUUCAAAUUAAUUAUCUUGUAUUUCAUUAAGUGUGAGUUGAAUAUUUUAAAUAUUUUCUGAUUGUAUUUAAUUGUAUAUAAUGAUAAAAGAUGCAAUGCCAUACCUGAGAUAUUAUGUAUAGUUUGAUUUUUAUGAUGUAAAUAUACCUGACUAUGAUUAAAAUAUAU